AUGCUGGACGUUGCCCGACGGUACUUGCCCACUUUCAAGAACACGGCUAUCGCGUUAGGUAGCGCGUAUGCUGUCCAGCGAUACAUCCGUGAUAGGCUGGAGGAGACGCGGGAUGCGCUGGAAAGAGAUAGACGAGCGAGGGAUAGCUUGAAGCGAAGAUUUCGACAAACACACGAGGACAUCUCGUAUGCAGUACUGGCACUGAUACCGACGCUUUCUGAGCAGAUCCUGGAGGGCAUGGACGUCGAGGCGCUCAUCCAAGAACUGCAGAAUUUUGGCAAGGCUAAGUCUGCAUCAUUAUCGCUCAAUGUGGAGGAUGAAAAUGGCAGCUCAAGGAGUAUGUCGUCGAGCAUGAGUGUAGUGUCGGAGGCGGCGUCGGUCGUCUCACUGGGGAGCAGUAGUGAAAUGAGCUUCCAGCCUGAAUCAGAUAUGUCUAUGUCGGCCUCUGUGUCUUCGAUAUCGCCUUCAGAGGUGAGUCUACCUGACUCUACCGCCUCGUCGACAUCUUUCUCCUCAUCCAAAACCAAAGCCUCGCUAUGGAACGCUGUGAAAAUACUCAGCCUCACCCGCACCCUCACCCUUAUUUACACCACCACCCUUCUCUCUCUGCUCACCUCCCAACAACUUGCUCUUCUCGGACGCGCAAGGUAUCUGUCCUCUGUGCUCGCCGCAGCGCGGGAAGAACGUUUAGCUGAGAGCAUCGAAGAGCAGCUAUCAAUAACUGGUUUACUUUUUGGGAACGCGGGGGAGCAGAUGGAGGAGCUUAUGUCUGGGAAUUUGUCUGUACUGUUUAGCGACCUCCCGGAAGGACCAACCGAGGACACAGAAGCCAGAUUUCUGACGAUGAGCUGGUGGCUGCUUCACGUCGGUUGGAAGGAUGUAGGCGAAAGGGUUAGGUCGAGCGUGGAGGACGUUUUUGAGGGGGUAUCCCUCAAGACACGACUGACGCUCACGGACCUUCAUCGACUCAUUCUCGACGUACGGCGGCGGAUUGACCUCAGCGCUGACUUCCUACACGCUCUUCUCCCAUCUACACCGGAACUGACUGCCCACGUCCUUGCACAAGGCGGGUUUGGUCCUUCGACACCACCAUCACCAUCCAUCAGUGACAUUUCUUCGCAUGCAUGGACUACCUCCGCAUCGGCGGCACCCAACCUAUCACAACUUUCAUUGCUACCACCCGAAGAUGAAUCUCUUGCACCUUUACUUGAAGAGCUCCACGGGAUUGUGCAAUCAGUGGAUUUUGGUCUCGUCCUAGAUCGUGCCUUAGAUACAGCGGUGGCGAUCCUGUUUGCGGAUAUGGAGAGAAGCGUCUUUCCUUCUUCGAACGUCGAGGAGAUGGCAGACGAACCGCGGAUGAGGCUAGCAGGUUUGCUUCCUGCGCUGCAACAUUGGAGUCAGGACGCGUUAAAAGGGUUGCCAUGUGUUCUAGUUGAUAAUAUACUUUCGACGCGGGAAGUGGGGGCAUUGGAGGCGAUCGUAUUUGCCAGAUUUGAAGAUGAUGUGAAGUGGAGAUAA